UAUGAACGAUCGAGCGUAGAACUUGUAAAAUACAAGCCACAGUGGACCAUAGUAAAACAACUGUCCAAACACACAAAAUAUCGUCUCCAAAAUAACUUAACAAAGAUGGAGCUAAAUGAACAAAAGCACUUUAAGGUAAAAUUGUGGCUGGAAGGAUUAUUUGGUGAUGAGCCCAUUCCUCAAUAUGAGAUCAACAACAAAACUAUUGAAAUAUUAGAACAGAUGGCAGACAGGAACAUGAGAUGUGACCGUGAUGCAGAGAUCGUGAUUGAAGACAUGGUUCAGAAAACAGCUGAAUAUGAUUUUGAGGCACAGAGAAUAAGCAGAAUAUUGAAUGAUGUUGGAAUCACACUAACAAGUUUAUCACAGUCUGGUUCACAUAGCAUCAAAACACUCUCAGAAGUCUCUCUUCUCCUAGGACUUAAGGAUUGCUCGUCAUCRAGCCUAAUGCUAGGCAUAGCCAACCAAUCUUGUGCCUUAGAUGCUAUUCUGGAUGAAAGAGCAGAAGAGAAAAGAGUUUAUUCCAGGCUUUUGGCCAAGACGAAAUCCUCAUUAGUUAAAGCCAACACUUUGCAAAGAGCUCUGGAAACCCUAGAGGAGCAACAUACAUUACAAAAGCCAAUCUUGGAUAAAAGGUCCCAAGAAACUGGAUUCUUACAAAGUAAAGCAAAAGAAUAUCAAAGGAUUGUAAAAGAGCUAGAGGAAUACCAGAAGUCAUUGGGGCUUGAGUCAAGUAUUUUUCAUGAAAAUUUAGUAAAGAAAGCUGAGGAUAUCAACUUGCUAAAAGAGAAAAGUAAACCACUGAAAAAUAAGUUGGAAAGUUAUCAAAAUUUACCUCCAGAUUUAUCACUUGCUAAAGUCAAAGUAGAAGAGGCAAAGAGAGAACUAGCAAGACUGGAGCAGCAGUUAUCAAGCAACAUUGAUAUGCUACAUAUUUGAUGGUACUGUAUAGAUGUACAAGUGAUUACAACAACGGUUUCUAUUUCUUUGGGAGGAGCUAGAAUUUUGUAACAUCCUCAUUCCUCUAGGCCUUCUUAGCUUGGGCAACUUUUCUCAUUUCAUACCAUAAGUCAUUCCCUAUAAUAUCAUUACUUUGUUUAAUGGUUGUGCAUGAGAAGACACAUGAAUAUGAGCUAUAUCUCAAACAAAGAAGUAUACACUGGAAUGACACAAGGUCUGAAAUGGGUGAACACCAUGCUCUAGGGGAGGUUUGAUGUUGGAGUGCAGGUUAUGAACCUGUAAAAAAGGCAACUAAUUUGGACAAAAAUAAAAGGAAUUUGCAUUGCUAGUGUUAGGCUAGUGUUCAUCCAUUUUCUUGAGAAAAUGUAGUCUGCAUUCUAGUAAUACAAUUCCAUAACAACCAAAAUCAUUCUGGUGAAACUUAAAUAGCCCAAAAUUAUUGUAAGCAGCUUAUUAGAUGAUUUGAAGAGACUUCAUAUAUAUGAUCACAAGUAGGAUGAAAAAAAAUUUUUUUUCUAUAUAUGUGCUCUGAAAAUAAUGUAAUAAUGUAAUGCAAUACUCCUUUUUACAGUUCCAUUCAGUGACCAUGAAUAAUAGUUCCUAGCUCAGGCUGGAGUUUCCACGCAUGAUAAACUGUAGUUUUGCUACAGUAUGCGCGGAAGCUCCAGCCUCAGCUAGGAAGUAUUAUUCGUGGUCACAGAAUGGCACUGUAAAAAGGAGUAUAGAGACAAAGCUGGAUUCAAGAAAUUACUUUUCAGCUUUCCUAACCCAUAUUGAAGAUAUGUGUUCCCUGCUAGCAGAGUCUCCUCCUUGGUGAUUCUUGGCAGAGAAUUCUUGCCAAGAAUUGCCAACGAGGGAGAUUCUGCUAGCAAGGAAGAAGCUGUGUAAUGUAGAUUUGACACAAACUACAUUAAUUUAUAUUGCAAGUUGAACUGAAGACGUUUCACAAAAAAUAGUGCAAGAUGUACUACAUUCGCUAGUUUUAAAACUCAUUUCUUUGAACAUUUUGGUGAGCUGUCAAAUCUUUUGCUUCAUAUCUAACAAUAUUGAUCUGCCCUUUUUUAACUUCUGGAUAUGCAAAGCAUAGUUGAAACAAGUUAUUUGUUUUCGUGCAAAUUAACCAGAAAAGGUCAAGUCUGAACUCAAUCCACGAGACUGAGAUAUUGAGCACUUUAAUUUUUACAAUGCCAGUAAUUUCACGCUUAAUUAUUUUCAAUUAACUAAUCCAUGAUUGUUUGAAUGAAGAGGAAUGUGUCAGAUCAGAAGUAAACAAAAACUCAUGUAUUUGAAAUUCUUCCAGCAUUUUAGAAAACAWCUAAGGUUUACGUUUUAAUAAUAUUUGGUGCAGGGGAUGUCUUCUUUUUGACUUGCUUCUCUGUUAUUCUUAAACAUUAAAAAUAAAAAUUGUUUAUAGAAAAGUG